UAUUUCAAUGAACGUAAGCACAAAUACCAGAAAACAAAAAUAAUAUUGUGAUAAUAUAAACAAUAUAUUAGACAAGAAAGAACAAAAAUUACAAUCAAGAAAUGUUAGUGAUACAGCAAAUGUUAUGAAUUUUAGUACUGAUGACAAUUAUAUAAAUAUUAGUCAUAGUGAAAAUGAGGUGAACAUCAGUGGUGACGAAGAAAAUCUUUCUGUUGAUAAUACUAACUACGACAUUGAACGAUUUUUUGGAGCGAUCGAUUUAGAUGACAACAUGAAUGAAGAAGAUGACGAUGAUGAGAGCAAUAACGAUGAUGAUAGUGCUGAGGAAGAUGACAAUGAUAUUGAAACAGGAAAUGAAACAUUAUAUCAAGGCGGAACAUUAACUCUUGGUGAUGCAUAUAAAGCUAUAAAAAGUUUUAUUAUUAAGUCUAAUUUAGCUUUUACGUAUGUAUUAUGUUUAAUAUCUUUGUUAUUAUAUCUUUUACCAUCUGGACAUAAUCUUACACGAUUAGGAAUUGUACAUUCAUUAAGAAAAAGAGAAUUUUUUUUAUACGAAACAAAAUGUGUACGUUGCUAUCAACAGGUUGAUCCAUCAGUAGGUAAUUGUACAACUGGGUGUUUAUUUUAUGGUAAAUCUCGGACAACAGAUGGUAUAACUGAAUUGUGUUAUGGAAAUUUAGUUGAACGUAUUAAAUGUAUAACGAAACGUAGUCUAUCAUUAAUACUUGAUUAUCCUAAACAUGCGCAUGUACUAUUACCAAACGAUGUCAUUAAUGGUUCAGUUUAUAAACAAUUACAUGCUAAUAUUAAAUGUAAUCAACUAACUUUGAUGUUACAUGCUGAUGGUAUGAGUAUAGUAACAAUGAAAUCAAAGAAAUUUUAUGUUAUUACCGGAACAAUCAUUGAAAUACCACCUCCAUCAUCUAUUUUAUUUGCACAUUUAGUACAUGAAUUAAAACUACUGUUAGCUAGUGAUUAUAUAUUUGUUAUUAAUAAUUUUAAAUUUCAAUUAUUUAAAGCUGAUUUACCAUGUCGAUCAUUAUGUAUCUUUAUAAAGCAGCAUAAUGGAUAUUAUGCAUGUUCUCGCUGUUUACAGCGUGGAAACAUAUUAGCCAAUGGUAGUAAUAAUGUUUAUUAUCCAUAUGUUACAACAAGUCCAUCAUCACCGCGAACACAUCAGCAAUAUGUGAUUGCAUCAAAUCAAGCUGAAUUAAAUAAUGGUCAAUUAUCUGUUGAAGGUAUACUUGGUGCAAGUCCAUUGUUAUCAAUAUUUUUUGAUGUACAAGCAAAUGUUCCAUUUGAUUACAUGCACCUAUGUUGCAGGCAAAUAAAGUUGGAAUUUUUAUCCAAAAAGUAUUUAUAA